AUGGCAUCGUCAACAAUUCAGACGGUCGAGCCGGUGACCUACCGCUUGAAGGCCGAAGCUAAGCCCGAGGAGAUCACCUAUGGAUUCUUGAGAAGCAAGAUCCCUGCUCAUUGCUUUGAGCGCUCUGCGAUCAGGUCCCUCGCCUACCUUGUCCGCGACCUCAUCUACGCUUCUGUGCUCGUCUAUGCAGCGCUUCAUAUCGAUCUCUUGCCGACUUCCACACAGCGGGCCUGUGCCUGGAUUGCCUAUACCUUCGUCCAGGGCUGCGUUGGCGUUGGAAUCUGGAUUCUCGGCCACGAGUGUGGACAUGGCGCUUUCUCCGCGUACCCUAUGCUGAACGACGUUGUUGGUUGGGCUACUCACUCCCUGCUCAUGGUGCCAUACUUCUCGUGGAAGAUCACCCAUGCGAGACACCACCGUUAUCACUGCCACAUCGAGAAGGACACUGUCUUCGUUCCUCCCAUCGAUGAGGAGCGUGAGAGCAAGGUGCCUACCAUGAUCGAGAAGGUCAAGGAGCUGUUCGAGGAGACUCCUUUGUACAACGCCGUUGCGCUUCUGAGCCACCAGAUCUUUGGAUGGCAGUUCUACCUGAUGUUCAAUGUCAGCGCUGGAAGCAAGAGUCUGCCCGAGAAGGCAAACAGCCCCAAGCCGCUUCGUAACAGCCACUUUGACCCUCUCGGUUCUCUCUUCACCGAUUCUCAGGCACACCUGAUUGCAAUCACUGAUAUUGGCCUUCUGAUUGUUGGCAGCACUCUCUACUACCUGGCUACCCAGAUGGGAGCUUGGAAGAUUGCUCUGCUCUACGUUGUGCCUUAUUUCUGGGUCCACCACUGGCUUGUUGCCAUCACCUAUCUGCACCACACUCACCCCGAGGUGCCCCACUACGAUGCGGAUGCGUGGACCUUCGUCAAGGGUGCCCUCUCCACUGUUGACCGUCGCUUCGGCUUCAUCGGUCGUCAUUUCUUCCACGAGAUUAUCGACUACCACGUUGUUCACCACCUGUUCCCCAAGAUUCCCUUCUACCACGCCGAGGAGGCCACCAACGCGAUUGUCCCUUACCUCGGAGACCAGUACCACCUCGACGAGGGACUUUUCAUCAAGUCGUUGGUUGACACCUUCACUACUUGCAAGGUUGUCUCCGAUGUCAACUCGGACGGUGUUCUCCACUGGAAGCUCCCCGAGAAUGGAUCCAAGAAGCAAAACUAG